GGAAGGCGUGGCGCGUGUCGUUGGUAGGUCUUCCCAGAUAGCCCGGUUUCCGGUCUCCUCCCAAGCGAGGCAGUUUUCUGGAUCCUUGUGACCGUUGCUGCUCCAUCCUCUUUCGUUGUCGUCUUUUCUUCGGUAUUUAGUCUUUCCGAGGACUCCCCUCUUCGUUGUAGGUGCAAUAAGAAACUGAAGUCAUGACAGACUCCAAAUACUUCACCACCAAUAAAAAAGGGGAAAUUUUUGAACUGAAAGCUGAGCUCAACAAUGAAAAAAAGGAGAAGAGAAAAGAGGCAGUGAAAAAAGUCAUUGCUGCCAUGACUGUGGGGAAGGAUGUCAGUUCCCUUUUCCCUGAUGUGGUGAAUUGCAUGCAGACAGAUAACUUGGAGCUAAAGAAGCUGGUGUAUCUCUACCUGAUGAACUAUGCCAAAAGUCAGCCAGACAUGGCCAUUAUGGCUGUGAACAGUUUUGUGAAGGACUGUGAGGAUCCCAACCCUCUCAUCCGUGCUCUGGCGGUGCGCACUAUGGGAUGUAUCCGUGUGGACAAGAUCACUGAAUACCUGUGCGAACCUCUCCGGAAGUGUCUGAAGGAUGAAGACCCGUAUGUGCGCAAGACUGCUGCUGUCUGUGUGGCCAAACUACAUGACAUCAAUGCCCAAAUGGUGGAGGAUCAGGGCUUUCUGGAUUCGUUGCGUGAUCUCAUUGCUGACUCCAAUCCCAUGGUGGUGGCCAAUGCUGUUGCUGCCUUGUCUGAAAUCAGCGAAUCUCAUCCAAAUAGCAAUUUGCUAGAUCUAAACCCUCAGAACAUCAACAAGCUACUCACUGCUCUAAAUGAGUGCACGGAGUGGGGGCAGAUAUUUAUUCUAGACUGCCUUUCCAACUACAACCCAAAGGAUGACCGUGAAGCCCAAAGCAUAUGCGAACGGGUGACACCGCGCCUCUCUCAUGCCAACUCCGCUGUUGUGCUUUCGGCUGUCAAAGUGCUGAUGAAGUUCCUGGAGCUUCUCCCCAAGGACUCUGACUAUUACAACAUGUUGCUGAAGAAACUGGCCCCUCCACUGGUCACCCUGCUGUCCGGCGAGCCUGAAGUCCAAUACGUUGCUUUGAGGAACAUCAACUUGAUUGUGCAGAAAAGGCCUGAAAUCCUGAAGCAGGAGAUCAAGGUUUUUUUUGUGAAAUACAAUGACCCCAUCUACGUGAAGCUGGAGAAACUUGAUAUCAUGAUUCGCUUAGCAUCCCAGGCCAACAUUGCUCAGGUUUUGGCAGAACUCAAGGAGUAUGCCACCGAAGUGGAUGUAGACUUUGUCCGCAAAGCUGUCCGUGCCAUUGGGCGAUGCGCCAUCAAAGUUGAACAAUCUGCCGAGCGCUGCGUGAGCACACUUCUGGAUCUCAUCCAGACCAAGGUCAACUAUGUAGUGCAGGAAGCCAUCGUGGUCAUCCGAGACAUCUUCCGCAAGUAUCCCAACAAGUACGAGAGUAUCAUUGCCACACUUUGUGAAAACCUUGAUUCUCUGGAUGAGCCAGAUGCCCGAGCAGCUAUGAUCUGGAUUGUGGGCGAAUACGCAGAGAGAAUUGACAAUGCGGAUGAGCUCUUGGAGAGCUUUCUGGAGGGCUUCCAUGAUGAAAGUACCCAGGUGCAGCUCACUCUGCUGACUGCCAUCGUGAAGCUGUUUUUGAAGAAGCCGUCUGAAACACAGGAACUGGUCCAGCAAGUGCUGAGUCUUGCUACACAGGAUUCUGACAACCCAGAUCUGCGUGACCGUGGCUACAUUUACUGGCGACUCCUCUCCACAGACCCCGUCACUGCCAAGGAGGUGGUUUUGUCAGAGAAGCCCCUGAUCUCUGAAGAGACCGACUUGAUUGAGCCCACUCUGCUGGAUGAGCUCAUUUGCCACAUUGGUUCGUUGGCUUCGGUGUACCACAAACCACCCAAUGCCUUUGUGGAGGGCAGCCAUGGAAUCCAUCGCAAGCACCUGCCCAUCCAUCACGGAAGUACUGAUGCAGGAGACAGCCCUGUGGGAACCAUGGCUGCUACAAACCUGGAGCAACCUCAGGUGAUUCCAUCCCAGGGAGAUCUCCUGGGUGACCUCUUGAACCUUGAUCUGGGGCCUCCAGUGAAUGUGCCCCAAGUGUCUUCCAUGCAAAUGGGUGCUGUGGAUCUUCUAGGAGGCGGACUUGAUAGCCUGCUUGGCAGUGACCUUGGCGGGGGAAUUGGAGGCAGCCCAGCAGUAGGGCAGACCUUCAUCCCAUCAUCAGUCCCAGCAACUUUCGCUCCCUCACCUACCCCAGCUGCAGUCAGCAGUGGACUCAAUGACCUCUUUGAACUCUCUUCCGGCAUCGGCAUGGCACCUGGUGGAUACGUGGCUCCCAAAUCGGUCUGGUUGCCGGCUGUGAAAGCCAAAGGCCUGGAAAUUUCUGGAACCUUCAGCCAUCGGCAAGGACACAUCUACAUGGAUAUGAGUUUCACCAACAAGGCUCUUCAACACAUGAGCGACUUUGCCAUUCAGUUCAACAAGAACAGCUUUGGAGUCAUCCCCAGCACCCCCCUGGCCAUUCAUACUCCUCUGAUGCCAAACCAAAGCAUUGAUGUUUCCCUUCCGCUCAACACUUUGGGGCCAGUCAUGAAAAUGGAACCUCUCAACAAUCUUCAGGUGGCUGUAAAGAACAACAUUGAUGUUUUUUACUUCAGCUGUCUUAUCCCCCUCAACGUGCUUUUCGUAGAAGAUGGCAAAAUGGAACGCCAAGUUUUCCUUGCAACAUGGAAGGACAUUCCAAAUGAAAAUGAGCUCCAGUUCCAAAUUAAAGAGUGUCACCUGAAUGCUGAUACUGUUUCCAGUAAGCUCCAGAACAACAACAUUUAUACCAUUGCCAAGAGAAAUGUGGAGGGCCAGGACAUGCUGUACCAGUCUCUGAAGCUUACCAAUGGCAUCUGGAUCCUGGCCGAACUACGCAUUCAGCCCGGCAACCCCAACUAUACGCUGUCUCUGAAGUGCCGAGCUCCUGAAGUGUCCCAGUACGUCUACCAAGUCUACGACGCCAUUUUGAAAAACUGAUCUGUCAAACCACUCCUGCCAGCACCUCACCACAUGGGGAAUGGGAACAGGGCUAACUCCACACCCUCUGCCAGUGCCCGUGUGUUGGUGUAGGCCAAGAACAUUCCUUCCCUUGGUAUGGGAAAAGCAGCUCUAUAUUGUGUCCGAGAUCUCAGCUCCAGACGCUGAGGCUAAACCAAGGUAGCAAGUAGUGUCCGCGUGCCGGUAACAGUAGGGGAUGUUGCAUUUGAUACUUUUAGCAUCUGUGAGAAUUUUGUAACCAUGCUGCAUCAGCUGUUUUUGCAGUCCUGUGCCAUGUCUGUCUCGUUUGUUCCUGUGGCUUCUUCAUCUCGUGCCAAUGCUUUGCAUUUUCUAAACCACUGUAGGCCUCUGGUUGAUAUUUUGUAAUAUGCUUCCUCAUUUUAAUAAAUGCACAUGCACACACAGUCUCUGCCCAGCCAGAGGCAUCUGAGAGAAAACACACACACUGCACUUUAUUAUUCUUUUGUAUUUGUGUACUGCUGAUUAAUUUUUGUAAUGAACCAGCUGUCUACAACAAGCAGGAAUAAAGGAGGGGCAUCAAAACAAGACUAGUUGUACAACAACAAUGCUGGCUUAUGGAUUUAACCUUGGAAAAUUCCAUUACCUGGUACGAAUUGUAGCUUAUUAUUAUUUAAGGCCCCUCCUUGUCUGCCCUCCGCACAGACUGAAAAUCCCACCAGUUACCAAACCUCAAUCCUGCGGACACCUGAGGGUUUGCAGCUGAAGAGACAAUCUGUCGCUGUUUGAGCUCCCAGGGGUGAAAAUCGAGGGGCAAUCCUCCUGCUGCCCCUGCAUGCAUCAGUGUGCAUCACAGCUCUAUAUUCUCUUUUCACAUGCUGCCAAUUGAACAGCAGGUUCUGAUAGCUUUGUGCAUAUGUAGUGUCAUUAAAAAAAAAAACAUGGCAGCCAAGACAGUAGCUUUCACAGGUAAAGAGGAAUGGUAGCAAGGCAAGGGGGAAAAAAAGGCAGCAGAAACUACUGUCUGGUUACACUGGUUGUGGACAGUUUAAUCCAGUUGCCAUUUUCUCUUGACCUUGGUCUCAGUCUCACUGUGCAAACUCCUGCUGUGCCCUUCUUCGCCAUCUCCGUACUGGAAUCUCCCUGGAAACCUAAAACAGCUAUUUCUGCUGCCACCAGAUAAAUGUACGAGGUUCAAACCAUGCCCCAGUAUGGCUGAAACAGGCUCCUAGCUCCAGCUCCAUCCUCACCCCACCAGAAUAUAACCUUUAGCGAGGAUCUAUGCCCUGUCACUUCUUCAAGGGUGAGAGAAACAUUUUCUGGGUGAGCCUGGAGCAGAGUUCUUGACGUGGAACCUGUUCUCACCAUUAGCAUCUUAACACAUUCUGUGCUAAGGGAAGAGAGGAUGGUCUUUUCCCUCCAUGUCAGUUGCCUCCUGGCUCAUCUGCCUUUUUCUCCUAUGCUCCCAUCUACAUUGGCCCCUUUCCUAUUGCUGCUUUGUCUCCCACCUUAUUUGAGAGAACAGAGGACUGUGAAUGUCUAGGAGAUCCUCUGAGCAAGUUCAGCAUUGCAAUGAUGCUGGCUAUUCCCGGUGGACUUCAGUUUCUUUCACCCACCCACCUCUGUGCAGAGAGCACACAUAAACUCUCCUCCUUGAAGAAUCCGGUCUUUGGGGAAAGAGGCGGGGAGGGUGAUUUGGAGCAAAUCUGGCAGGUCCAGUGGGCUGCUGCAUUGCCUUUGAAUCUUGGAUAUAGAACCAGGCCAAGCUACAUUCAGUGGGUUUGGUGGGGAAGUCUCUUCUUGACUGGAACUGAACUGAAAGAAUCAGUCACCUGUGAACAUAAGAGGCAGGCCACUGGAACUUACCCUUUAAGUCCUGACCAAGCUAUGCCUGUCAAAACCAGAAAUACAUUUUCAGUGUCCAAGUCCUCAUGAUCCUAAUCCCAUCAUGCUUGCUUCAUAACCACAUGAGACCUUGGCUCCUUUCAGCCAGGUGUCUCAAGCUGUGUUUCCAAAGCCUGAUAUAACAUCUUGUAGUCACUAGCGAAUCAAGAACUCACACUGGGUCAUAUGUGUCUUAAUUGGCACUCUGCCUGCAUCUCCUUUGGAAAGCCUAAAGGCUGUGAUAAGGAUGGCCUGUAUUGUCAAGCCAAAUUCAGCUGCCUGAGCUGACAGAUCAGUAGAACCUCAAUAACCACUUCGUCAUCUGCCUCUUAAAACUGGAGUUCUUGAGCAUCCUGACUUUGGCUUAGCCUGAUUCAAGUAAUAAAAUAGCCAUGGGCAUGUUUGUGUUGUCCUUGUACAACUGCUUAGGCUGACCAGAAGGCAUAAUGGCAUCAUGUAACUCAGGGAUUGGGAGUUGCAGUGCUAGCCCAAGAUUGUUGGUUUCAUAGCAAAGAGGCCAGCGACACCUCUGAAGCUUGCAGAGUCCCAAGUCAUGAAGACUCGUGCCUGGCCCUCAAGGAAGUUGUGCUAGUCAGAGAUUCUCUUUGACUCUUAUGUGCAGGGCUGCAUUUACUCUGACUUACCAAUAUUUCUGGAUGUGCUAAGUGAAGUAACAGAAGAUCCCUGUUACUCCUAGUUUUAAAGGGCCUCCUGCAAGCACUCUAGACCAAUUCAUAGGUGUGGGUUGGAGGGAGGCAUGUACUGUAGUUAGCUUUUUGUCAACAUUUAGAUAGUAAAAAGUAUGACCUAGAAACUUAGAACCAUAGUAUUUUCAAGAUGUGACUCUAAUGGUUAGACGAUGUGGAAGCUGUUUUACAAGAAUACAUGCUUUGGAGCUCUUCCGCCUCCAAAUCAGUGAUGUGAAGCCACAUGCCCAGCAUCAGCAGAGCUGCUGUCCAGAGCUGAAAUGAAAUAAAGUAGCAGGCAAAGCCCUGGCCCUGUUUGAAACUUCCACUGCAUCCAUUUUUUUUUUCCUGAUGGACCCCUGCUGUGUUCUUUUGACUGCAUGCUGUGAGGUGUGUUCCAGAAGGGAGUGGAAGAUGAUUUUUUUGCUCAUGUUGGCAUCCCAUCCAUUCAGAACCAUUUGGCAAUGGGGGAAUUGGGUGAUGGAACUGAGUUUUGCUUUGUAUCAGCAAUAAAUGUCAUAUACACACUUGGCUGUGUCUGAUACUGUCUUCUGUCAGGAAUGGGAAUGGAAAGAACCAAGGAGGUGGGAGGCAAGAAAUUUAGUGUGAUUCCUACUUUUAGGACAUAAUACAAGUCAACCUGCUGUUAAGUCUUCCAGUACAGCUGGAGCUCCUUAAUUACUGGGAGAGAUCAAAUACUACUUUGUUUAUUUCCAAUCCAUCUUUUAAGGUAGGACAAAACCCUUCCCAAGACAGGUUUGCAUAUAACACAAAACAGUAAGAGCAAGAUGAAAACCAAAGACUAUAGAAGUUAGAUACAGAAGUUUAAACCCAUUCAAAAGGCAAUGGCCCCUCUUCUCAACAGAUCCUGAACAAUGCAGUAUUUCUUUAGGGGAAAGUUUAAAUCAGUAAUACUUUUUCUGAUCAGCUUUCCCAUUUACGUGUCUUACCUAUGUGGUGUGCUUGCUCUCCAUCUGUAUUAACUCAUGGUUAAUAAAGGGAUAUAAUAUUUUACUGGCACCAUGGAUGUUCCAUCUAACACAGAGGCCUUCUUUCUACAGCUAAUCUCUUCAAUGUGUGAUCUGAUGUUGUGUUCAUUAUACAGUAUAUAUUUGUACUUUAAGGUUUCAAUGGGAUGCUCAUUCCCCCCAAACUGGCUGGUGACAGGGGUAGGGGGUGAGGCAAAGUAGGGUUCAGUGCUUGAUUUUUGUCAUUAGAAUUGUGUAGGAAGGUAACUGCUUAUGGUGGCUUUGCUUUGUUAUGUUGGCUUGCUUUGGUUAUGCAGAAAUAGAUGUCGCAAUGAGUUUAGAUGUUACGGUGUUACGAUGUUUGUAGUAACUUGAGAAAUUAUUGCAUAGUUCUUUAAUAUAUGAUUACUGCAAUAGGAACAUUUUAUGCAAAAUAUUGGAUCUCAGGAGACAGAACAUUGGGAAAAUUACAUACGUGAUUAACAUGCUGCCCUAGUUAUCAAAUUAUGUAAGGUCUAAAGGAGGCAGGUGAUAAUGUAGCCAAUAUAUUAAACACACUGUAUAAAUGUAGGACAUGGGUACAGUCUAUUACAAAUGGAUGGUGUAUGUUCUCUACAGAAUCUUAAGUAUCUGCACACAACAAAUUUACAAUUGGUUUUGUACCAGUCAUCGCUUCUCCCAAUAAAUCCUGGUAUUGUAGUUUGAUUAA